AUGACAAUCAGGGCCACAAAAUUUACACCCGAGGUCCUCCUCAGUGCGCCGCGCAGAUCUGAGGGUAUACCCAACUCAGAUGCAUCGAAAGUGCUGUACAGUGUCUCUACAUACAGCUUCGAGGAACGUUCGAAAAAGUCGGAAAUCCGGAUUCUCGAUGUCGCAACCCAGCAAACCAGCCUAGUCACGGACGACAAGACUGCGAGCGAGCCUGCCUGGAUUGACGAUGACAACAUCCUCGUCCUGAAGUCUGGCGACGAUGGUGUCACGACAGUGCUUGUCGGAAAGGCAGACAACUUCGGCAACGACAAUUACACCGCUGGUACUGUCGAAGGCCCUAUCGGUGACCUCAAGACACUGAAGCUGAGUGACGACGAAGUUGCCAUCGCAGCGUCUGGCAAGGCGAAGCCUGAUGGUUCUCUCUACAAUCCAGAGAAAGCGGAGAAGCCGCGCACAUCCGGCAGACUGUACAAGUCUAUGUUCGUACGCCAUUGGGAUCACUACGUGACUGAGAAUAGGAAUGCUAUCUGGCUUGGCAAGCUCACCAAGAAGGAUGGCAAGUUCGAGCUGUCCAAGCUGAAGAACGCACUGACAGGCUCCAAACUCGAAAGCCCAAUUGAUCCCUUUGGUGGCAAAGAUCACUUCGACAUCUCCCAAAACGGUCUUGUUUUCACGGCCAAAGAUCCCGAUCUCAACCCUGCUUUGCAUACCAGGACUCGCAUCUAUGUCUCUGCACACGCAAGUCCAGGCUUCUGGAGUCAUCCCGAUUUCUGGUCUGGCGAGAUACUGAAGCUGGAUAUCCAAUCAGUAGACAUUGCGAAGUCUCACGGCUUUGAGGGGGCAUGCACCAGCCCCGUAUGGUCUAACUCGGGGAAAAUGAUCGCUUUCUUGGCCAUGAAGACCGACGGAUAUGAGUCCGACAAGAACCAGAUUUUCAUCACCCAUGACUACAGCAAAUUGACAACUCCACCAACGCUCCUCUACGCCACAAAGGACGGAAAGGGCAAGUGGGACCGAAGCCCGCAGUCCAUCUCUUGGAGUCCAGAUGACUGGCAUCUGUAUCUCACCGCGGAAGAACACGGACGCGGAAACCUCUUUCACGCUGGACCUCCCAAGCGCCCGGGCGAAGAUUCGCCUCUGCCAACGGUACUCGUCAAGGGUGGAAACGUGGCAGAUGUCAAGGUGCUGGCGUCUGGCGACAUCUUCAUCAGCUCGAACAGCUUGGUCGAAAAUAGCCUGUACUCUUUCGUACCUGUUGGUGACCACAAGAACCACGAGAACGCCUACAGCCUUCCGGUGUCCGAGAACUCCACCGAAUCUAAUGGUCCAACAACACAAUACAUCUCUUCCAACACCCGCUCGGGCUCCAAGUUUGGUCUAUCGCGCUCCCAGAUCAGCGAGAUCCAUUGGGAUGGCGCUGCUCAUGGGACCUCAGUCCACGCCUGGGUCGUGAAGCCUAGCAACUUCUCCUCGGAUAAGACUUACCCGCUCGCAUACCUCAUCCACGGCGGCCCUCAAGGCGCCUGGGAAGAUUCAUGGAGCACACGCUGGAACCCUGCAGUAUUCGCCGAACAGGGUUACGUCGUCAUCUGCCCCAACCCAACCGGCAGCACCAGCUAUGGACAAGACUUCACCGAUGCCAUUCAAGGCCAAUGGGGUGGUCUGCCCUACCAAGACCUUGCCCUAGGCUUCGACUGGAUCAGGAAGAACCUCUCGUACGUCGACACCAAGCGUGCGGUUGCCCUUGGAGCAAGCUACGGCGGAUACAUGAUGAACUGGAUCCAAGGCCACCCGUUGGGUCGCCACUUCAAGGCGCUCGUCACUCACGACGGAGUCUUCAGCAUGGCGAGCCAGAUGUCGAGUGAGGAGCUCUACUUCCCCUUCCACGACAUCAAGGGCGCUCCGUGGAAGAACCGCGAAGCUUGGGACAAGUGGGACCCGAGCCGUCACACGGAGCACUGGCAGACUCCACAGCUCAUCAUCCACAGCGAGCUGGACUACAGACUGCUGAUUGGCGAGGGCUUGGCGGCGUUCCACACGCUGCAGACUCGCGGCGUCGAGAGCCAGUUCCUGACGUUCCCGGACGAGAACCAUUGGGUCCUCAAGCCUGAGAACAGUCUGUUGUGGCAUGAGACGGUCUUCGACUUCAUCAACCCCAAGGUCGGGCUGAAGCCGCUUACCGGUGAUAAGGCCUGCGAGUGA